AUGCGUUGCUCUACUGUCGCAGUAUUCGGCCUCGCUGCCGUUGCCCACGCUACGUGGGACGGCAAGUUCAGCUACCCGCCCGGCAUUGAGCCUCUUGGCAUCUCCGGCGGCGGUGGCAUCGACUUCAACAUCAAGACUUUCGGUCCUGUCGAGGGCCCUCCGUCAGACUGCAUCUCCGUCUGGCACCCGCCUCACCCGGACGUCUACAUCGACGACUGUGACAGCGACAAGGAGCACGGAUGGCAUUGGGUUCACCCGGGAAAGCCCAAGUGGAACAAGCCCGGCAAGGACAAGGACCACGACAAGCCUGGAAAGGACAAGGACCAUGACAAGGACCAUGACAAGCCCGGCAAAGAUAAGGAUCACGACAAGCCCGGCAAGGACAAGGACCACGACAAGCCUGACAAGCCCAAGGAGCCUGAACAGCCCGAUGAGCCUGCCACCACGGCUCCGCCCAAGUGGAAGUGGACGACUUCCACAAUCACCCAGACUGCCGUCUCGACCAUCUUCAGCUGCCCCCCUUCGGUUCCCGACUGCCCGGCAAACGGUGGCGGUACCAAGUACAAGACUGUCACCGUCCCCGCCGUCGUGACCAUCUGCCCCGUCCCCGUCGAGCCUAACCCGGUCCCCCCUACGCAGCCCGUUGCUCCCCCCAAGACCACCGCUCCCGUCCAGCAACCCGUUCCUAGCAACCCCACCCCUCCUGAGACUCUGUCCUCAGUCCCCAUCCCGCCUCCCGUGCAGUCUGAGCCUCCUGCUGCGCCUCCGGCGACCACCACCAAGCCCAACAUCGGCACCGUCACUCGCCCCAACCCCACCGCGACCACCGGCCGCGUCGUUGUCACUGCCGGUGCCGUUCCCAAUGUCCAGCGCGCAGGCGGCAUUGUCGUUGCCGCUGUCGCCGCCGCCGCCGCUUUUAUCUGA